AUGAUCAAAUGUCCUUGUCAGCGUUGCUGCCUUGUUAGACACAAGGUUAGGGUCGAGGUUGAGGGUGAUUUAUUCUAUCACGGUUUUCUGCCAACGUAUACAAAUUGGUAUCUGCAUGGUGAAGAGUUAGAUUCAAAUGGGGAGACAGUUAGAUUAGAGUCUGAAUCUCGUGUAGAUUAUACAGAAGUCCUGAGUAUGAAUCUGCUUGAAGAUGUUUUCCCAAGUAUGAAUAAUAGUAUUGACGAUGACGAUGCUGCCAGUCCCACAGAGGAUCAUCCAAAGCAGAAGGAGGCGCUUGAUGAUUUGCUAGCAGACUGUAAUCAAGCUCUUUAUGAAGGAUGUGAGUCUUUUAGCAAGCUGUCAUUCAUGCUUAAGCUGUAUCACAUCAAUUGUAUGUGUAGGAUAAGUGACAAAGAAAUGUCCAUGGUAAUAGAGCUCUUGAAAGAAGCAUUUCAGCAUGCAAAGCUACCAGAUUCUUUCAAUGACAUGAAGAAGAUUAUUCGUAAGUUAGGAUUCACAUAUGAGACCAUUCAUGUGUGUCGUAAUGAUUGCAUGUUAUAUUGGGGAGAUGAUGCAUCUAGACACACAUGUAAAGUUUGUGAAAGCUCAAGAUGGAAGACGGCUGCAAUAGUUGAUGAUGAUGGAUCCGCUGAAGAAGAAGAAGAAGAAGAAGCAACAAGCUGCUAA